CCAUCCCUUGCCACCCAUGAGAGGCGUUAGAAUUUCCUCCCCCUCUCCCUCUCCCAAUUUUAGUCAAAUAUUCCUCUCUGUGAAUUCCCCACGGAUCUCACAAUUCCCCGAUCAUCUUCUUUGAACCCGCCGUUCGAAAAGCAUCCUCUUUUCCUUCCUUCUUCAUCAACUAAAUAAAUGGCUGCAACAGCAACAACAACCCAAACCCACCCUUUAAUGAAAGCACCCAAAGGACCACCAAGAUCAAAGCUUGUUUGUUUCUCUUUUGCUGCGUAUUCCAAAACCCUUAUUGACCAUCUUAAAUCUCUUGAUAUUCCAAUCCUUCCAGGCUUAACUGAUCAAGAAUUCUCCUCCGUCGAAUCAACUUUCCGCUUCACUUUCCCUCCUGACCUCCGCUCUAUCCUCCAAGAAGGCCUCCCCGUCGACCCUUCUUUCCCAAACUGGCGAUCUUCUUCUCCUCAACAACUUAACAUUCUCCUUAACCUUCCUCUCUUGUCUCUUUCCAAGAACAUUACGUUACACAACUUUUGGUCCGAUUCUUGGGGGCCCAAACCUUCAAAUUCCAAUGAAGCUUUGGCUUUGGUUAAAGGCUUAUUACAAAAAGCACCUCUUCUUGUUCCUAUUUAUAGAAAUUGUUAUAUCCCUUCGACGCCAAACAUGGCGGGAAACCCUUUUUUUUACGUUGAUGGAGAUGAGGUUAGAAUCUUGAGCUUUGAUAUUACUAGGUUUUUUCAAGAAGUCGAAUUCUUGAGAAGACGUGGUGUUUUUAAGCCUUUCACGAGGAAGAAGAACAAUAGUGUUAAUAACAAUGUGCCGGCUUGGGCCGCGACCACGGCGCGGAGGAUUGACUUUUGGACGGACGUGGCGGAGAAAGGAAGGAGAGUUGUGGAGCGUGGUGUCACGCGGGGGUGGUGGAGUAGGGGUGACGUAGGGGAGGACUUGGGGUUAGGGGGAUGUUUGGAGGAAGCGUUUUGGAAGUUGAGAGAGGGGGGGUGGAGAGAGGAGGAGGUGAGGGAGAUGAUGAUGAUCGACGGCUGUGAUCAUAACGAGAACAAGGAAAAGAGUGGGACCCGAUUGGUGAUGGACGGUAAGGAUGCGGCAUGGCACGUGAGGGUCUUGUCUGUUGUGUUAUUACGUGCGGGAUGGACUAGGGAAGAUGUGGUGUACUCGCUUGAUCUCUUCGAUAUUAUUGAUAAGGAUGACGAUGACGGUGAUGAAGAGCUUGCUAACCUUGUAGAAGAAACGCCUUGUUUGAAACUUCAACGUCCGAGUAGCUGUUGCAUCGAGGAAGAUGAUCAUCAAAAAACUGCAGUAUCAGACAGUUGAUUCAACUGUAAUCACUUGAAUUGUGAUGAACCUCACCUCAGCUCACCUGUUUACCAUAAUCAGAGUAUUUUAUGGGAACUCCUCACAAAUGGCGGAAAAUUGAUAAGAAUAAAUUUAUAAGCAUUUAAUUUU